AUGGAGCCAAAGCACAAAGAGUUGCUCGACCAGUGCCACCAGAACUUGCUGGAGUCCAUCACGGACGCGGACCGGCUGAUCGAGCUGCUCCUGGUGUCCGGCACCCUGAGCCAGCUGGACCGGUUCGAGCUGGAGCAGAACUGCUCGUCCAGCGCCGAGAAGGUGGACCACCUCCUGAAGAUGCUGGUGAACAAGGAGAGCGACCAUUUCCUCGACCUGUGUGUGGCCCUGGAGAAGGCGUACCCCGACCUGUACGCUGCCCUGUUCGGCGGCACCGGCGGCGGACCUGUGGACCACUCCACCGGUUCCACGUACAGCGUCCUGUCCACCAUGCCCUCUGACUCAGAAAGCAGCAGCUCCCUCAGUAGUGUCGGUUCGCCCGUAAACGGUGAAGCGUCCUCCCCACCCCCAGCCAUCAACGACAACCGGCCCACCGGUGACAACCUGGACACCAUCCUGUUCCAGCUCCGCCAGGUGACCAGGGAGAGGGAUGAGCUCCGCAAGCGCCUGGCGUUGGCAUCGCCGGGGACCACCUUCGACGACUGCAGGCCAAAUUCCAAAGCCAGUCAUGACUAUGAGCGUCUGAAGAGUCAGUGCAUGAGGGCGAUGGCAGACCUGCAGUCCCUCCAGAACCAGCACACCAAAACACUAAAGAGGUGCGAGGAGGCUGUGAAGGAAGCCGACUUCUAUCACAUGUUGCACAGCCGCGUCCUGACUGAACAGACGCAGCUGAAGGAAGAGAUGGAGACACUCCGGAGAGACAACUCCCAACUUGUCCGAGAGCACAACCACCUACAGCAGAACUGUGAGGAGCUCAAACGACUGCACAGUCAAGACCAGAAGGAGUUGGCAGACCUCCGGCAGCAGCAACAGCAGGUAAUGAGAGAGAAGGGCUCAUCCGAGGUGUUAAACAAGCUCUAUGAUACAGCCAUGGACAAGCUGGAGGGUGUGAAGAAGGAGUACGAUGCUCUGAGCAAGCGCUACAGCGAGAAGGUGGCUAACCACAACACAGACCUGAGCCGUCUGGAGCAGGCGGAAGAGGAGAACCGGCGGCUGCAGAAGCAGAUGGACGCACUGCUCAAACAGCGUGAUUCAGCCAUGCACUACCAGCAGCAGUACUCCACCUCACUGAGAAGGUUUGACUCGGUGCAGCAGGAGCUAAACAAAUCAUCGGCCCAGAACAAGGAGCUUCAGAGGGAGAUGGAGCGUCUCCAGUCGGAGGUGACGCGCUACAAGAACUUGCAGCUGAAAGCAGGAAAGGAUUGCGAGAAGUACAAGGAGGAGAGGGACUCUGUUUUCAACGAGUAUCGUCUCAUCAUGAGCGAGAGGGACCAGGUGAUCAAAGAGCUGGACAAGUUACAGACGGCGCUGGAGGCGGCUGAGGCCCGGCUGAAAAACACCUCCUCUGAAAGAGUGGUGGCCAGUGAGGAGCUGGAGGCACUCAGACAGGAGUUGAACUCGUCACUGGUGGACCGCGACAGGGCCAUCUGUGAGAGGAACGAGCUGCUGGAGAAGUACUGCCACGAGGUGAAGGACAAGGCCGAGGCCCAGAAGGAGCUGAGCCAGGCCUGCAAGGACAUCGAGACGGUGCGGGAGGAGAGGGACGUGGCCCGCAAAGAGAGGACGGAGGCCAUCAUUCAAAGGGAUCAGUUGCUCCGAGAGUAUUAUCAGGCCAGACAGAAACAAGACUCUGCCACCCUGGACAUGGAACGAGCCAAUAAGGAGAUUGAGAUGCUGAGGAAACAGUACGAGGCCAUGUCUCAGGAACUGAAGGAGUCCACACAGGAGGCUGAGGUGGCCAAAUGCCGACGGGACUGGGCCUUCCAAGAGAGGGACAAGAUAGUGGCGGAGAGGGAGAGCAUCAGGACUCUGUGUGAUAACCUGCGACGGGAGCGGGACCGGGCAGUCAGCGACCUCGCCGACGCCCUGCGAAAUCUGGACGACAUGAGGAAACAGAAAAACGACACUUUACGAGAGUUGAAAGAACUGAAGGAGAAGAUGGAGAGCCAGCUGGAGAAGGAGGCCCGUUUCUGUCAGCUAAUGGCCCACAGCUCUCACGACUCAGCCAUCGACACAGACUCCCUGGAGUGGGAGACAGAGGUGGUGGAGUUUGAGAAAGACAGGGACGACAUGGAUUUGAAGGCACUUGGGUUUGAUAUCACUGAGGGGGUAAAUGAUCCGUAUUUACCAGGAGAUUGUGGAAUAUUUGUUACAAGGGUGGAUAAAGGAAGUAUCGCAGAUGGAAGGCUAAGGGUGAAUGAUUGGUUGUUGAAGAUUAAUGACAUAGACCUGACCAAUAAGGACAGGAAGCAGGUAGUGAAGGCUGUCCUCAGUGGUGGGGGGUCGAUCAACAUGGUGGUACGGAGGAGGAAGUCCCUGGGAGGACGGCUGGUCACUCCUGUUCACAUCAACCUUGUGGGACACAAAGACAGCGGAAUUGGUCUGGAGAGCGGCGUGUUCGUCGCCGCUAUCGUCCAGGGCAGCCCUGCAGCCAGGGAAGGUUCCCUAACAGUUGGUGACAGACUGAUCGCUAUAAACGGCAUUGCUCUGGAUAACAAAUCUGUGACAGAGUGCGAGGCUCUGCUGAGGAGCUGCAGGGACUCUCUGAGCCUCUCGCUCAUGAAGUUCUUCCCCCACAGCACAUCGGGCCAGAACAUCUUUGAGAGUCUGCGUGAGUCAUCAGAAAAGUCCAACGGACGCAUGCACCUGUCAGAGAUCCACUCCCGGAACAGUCGCAACCUCAGACACAACAGCUCAACGCAGACUGACAUCUUCUGCCCUGACGUCGGCAGCACGAGUGCAGGGAGCAUCUCUGGAGAUAGGAGAAAGGUCAGAGGUGAAUCUGAUGAGGUGUACGGCGACAUGAGCAGGCCGUUUUCCCUCGGUUCUCUCCACGCCACUAGCCUCCGACCUACGUCUGACUUGGGCACCGGCCGCUACGGGCCCAGUGCUUUCCAGGAGUGCUGCCCAUACACGAAGGCACCUUCCUCCUUGCCCUUUGAGCCUGUCUCGGCCCCGGACUGCAUCACAAUGGAGACGACCCUGGAGAAGAAGCACAACGGGGGCACGUGGCCCAAGAUGAUGGUGGGAGGCAUGUCGGUUGCACCAGAUAACACCAGUCCGGUCACAGCAACAGCCCAGCUCUCCAUCUACAAAUCACCCAAGCAGAGAAAGUCCAUCUUCGACCCAGACACUUUCAAACGUCCCGAAACCCCUUCCUCCAAGAUGGAGUACAUGGCGGCCAAUCAGAUUGCAGCAGUAGCUGCCGCUGCUGCUGCUUCCCACUCUCCCCAGCCUUUGAAGGCCGAGUCCCUCUCCUCCUCAUCCACACCUACCCCAACCCCUCCGACCCCACCCAAUCGCAGCGACUCCUUUAAAUUCAAACACAAACAUCAAAGCAGCUCUGCCUCUGACUGCACCAUCACCUCAGAGGGCAAGGGAGAGGCGGUCGUCUCCAUGGCAGCGGCCGAGGGCAGAGAGAGGAGCGAGCGGGAGAGAGACAGGAACGGGAACCACUAUUUCCUGGACGGCAAGGUCCUGACAUCGAGGAAGUCGUGUGAUGAGGACAUCGGCCGAUCCAGGGGGGAGGAGCCUGAGGUGAAGAGGCCGCGCCCUAAAUCUGCCCCCGCCCUCCGACGGAGGAUGACCCCUCAGCCCAUCAAUUACCCCUCCUUCCAAAGCUACUCUAACGACGAGCACUCUCCAGAGCCCCGGGACAUGCUGCGCUCGUCUCCCAGCCGCUCCCACAGGCACAGUGUGGGCUUCGUCCCCACAGUCUACAAUGGCACCCUACCUCCGAAUUCAGUCCACCGGGGACUGUCUCCUUGCCCUGCCGUGACUGCGGUGAUGAGGAAUCCGGUGUACACCGUGCGCAGCCACCGCGUUCACACCAGCAACUGUCCGUCUGUCGCCUCCCAGAUCGGUCACCAGCACCCCCACACCAGCCCCCAACACCAGGGUCGUCUGAGCCUGGACCUGAGUCAGCAGAAGCGCACGGGCGACUACUCUGAAUCCUCGUCGUCUCGUAGCAGCAGAGCUUCACACGGUACAAACUCACUGCCCUCCAGCGCUCGCCUCGGUUCUUCCAAUAACGUCCAGUACCGCACAGAGAGGAUCAAACUCCCUUCCACUCCGCGCUACCCUCGCUCCAUGCUGGGGUCAGACAGAGGCUCCCUCUCGCACUCCGAGUGCAGCAGCCCGAGUCUAAUCACGCCUCCACAAUCACCCCUCAAUCUGGAGACUUCCUCAUUCGCCAGCAGCCAAUCACAGGGCUCCAUUUCCACUUUACCUCGGAUCUCAGUGAGCCCUUUGCCAAUAGGGGAGCGCAGGAAAGACAGGCCGUACCUGGAGGAGCCGCGCAAUGUGAUUGUGCACAAAGGAGCAGAGCCUCUCGGCAUCUCCAUCGUCAGUGGGGAGAAUGGAGGAAUCUUUGUCUCGAAGGUUACAGGAGGAAGCAUCGCCCACCAGGCAGGACUGGAAUAUGGAGAUCAGUUACUGGAGUUCAACGGCAUCAACCUGCGGAACGCUACGGAGCAGCAAGCUCGUCUCAUCAUCGGCCAGCAGUGUGACACCGUCACCCUUAUGGCCCAGUACAACCCUCACAUGUACCAGCUGGGGAACCACUCUCGCUCCAGCUCCCGCCUGGAGCCAGUCAGUUCCCAGUCGACCCCACAGGGUAGUGGGGCCGCCACCCCCGACAAUCACUCCAACAUCGAUACACUCAGCGAACAGGACGAGGGGACGCUCACUCCCUCCUCCAAGCACACCUCCCCCACCACAAGUCCCAACAACUUCAUCAGAAUGCCGUCUGAGGGCAGCAGGAAGGUGGGCGACGCACGGCUCGUGACGGUGCGCAGGCCGGGAGUGGAAGUGGGAGUCACGCUCUGCGGAGGGAACCUGCGGGGCGUCUUCAUCGAGAGCCUGGACGAGGACAGUCCUGCCAGGGGCCCAGACGGACUGCUGACUGGGGACAUUAUUUUAGAGUACAACUCGGUGAAUAUGAAGAAUAAGACGGCCGAGGAGGUGUACGUCGAGAUGCUGAAGCCUGCGGAGAUGGUCACGUUGAAGGUGCAGCACCGGCCGGACGACUUCAGCACGCUCAAAGAUGUUCCGGGAGAUGGCUUUUAUAUUCGAGCACUUUACGACCGGGUCGGGGAGGCCGAGGGGGACCUCACUUUCAAGAAGGAUGACAUCCUGUACGUGGAUGAGUCUUUACCAAAGGGCAGCUUCGGGACCUGGAUGGCCUGGCAGCUAGACGAGAACGCACAGCAGAUCCAGAGGGGGCAGAUCCCCAGCAAGUACAUGAUGGACCAAGAGUUCUACCGCAGACACAGCGUGACCGAAAUGAAGGAAGACUCCGGUAAGACUCUGUCUGCAGCGGCUCGCAGAUCCUUCUUCAGGAGGAAACAGAAACACAAACGUAGCAGCUCCAAAGACAGCAAAGAGAUGGUGGCUCUGGACGCUAUCAGCACAGACUCCAUCCCCUUCCUGGAUGACUGCGUGAGCUUGGCAUACCAGCGGGUCCAGAAGGUGGAGUGCGCCUCUCCUCGACCGGUCCUCGUCCUCGGGCCGCUCACAGACGCCGUCAAGGAGAUGCUGGUCAAAGAGUCUCCUGGGAAGUUCUGCCGAUGUGUACUGGAGGUGAUGAAGGCAUCCCAGCAAGCCAUCGAGCGUGGCGUCAAAGACUGCCUCUUCAUCGACUACAAGCGCAGGAGUGGCCAUUUCGACGUCACCACCGUUGCUUCUAUCAAGGAAAUAACAGAAAAGGGUUGUCACUGUCUGCUCGACAUCGCUCCGCACGCCAUCGAACGGCUCCACUGCGUUCACAUUUAUCCCAUUGUUGUCUUCGUCCGCUACAAAAACGCCAAGCAGAUUAAGGAGCAGAAAGAUCCGGUUUAUCUGCGGGACAAAGUAUCUCAAAAACAUUCCAAGGAGCAAUUUGAAAGUGCCCAGAAGAUAGAACAAGAAUACAGCAAAUUCUUCACAGGUAUUGUCCAAGGCGGCACCCUCCCUUACGUUUGCACUCAGAUCAUGACGAUAGUUGAUCAAGAACAAAGUAAAGUCCUGUGGACUCCACUCGGCUGCCCCUAGAGGAGACUGGCUGCCACUACAUUAAGCUGCGGCUUUCUCAUCUCCAUUCCCCGAACACUAAUUAACUCUCUCACACGAUACCAGUAGGUACCCUACAGCGAGCUAGUUAUGUAAAUUAUUGAUAUUUUUUAUUUUGUCUAUGUUAUGGUUUAUAAUCAGAGCCUGUUUGAUUGCUGAUGUACUCCGGAGCAGGUUAGUAGCACUGGAUCUCGACGUUAAAGUUCAUUGAGUCUUCCCUAAGGGUUUCUGGUGGUGUGUUUGUAAUGCUGCAAUCGUAAGCAUCCGUUUACAGUCAAAAGACGAGUCUAACUAUUGAUGUUCAAUAUUUGCUUGAAUGCGUGUCCCUCCCCUUUGUGUACGCAAAAACCUCAACACUAAUGAAGUUCAGCCGCCCCCCCCGACCCACCCGAGUUGCA